AGCUAAUUCCCACUGUAACAUCUGUUAGUUCUCCUUGGAUGCCUGCUGGGCUCAUUCGCUUGCCUACACGAUUGUUCAUGUCUAUGAGGAUUGUUCAAAGAGAUUCACUUCACGCGCGUUCGCCUCCCAACACGUUCGCUCCUUAACAGCCACCUGUUCGAUCCCGACCCUGUUGCAUCAUGAUUGCGCCAGCUGUCCCAGAAUUGAUAGAGGAUGAGGAUAUCUAUGCCUCAAUUGAGGCCCGAACAGAAUCUCUUCAGAGCUUAAGGGAACUCGGGCCCCCAGAUCUCGUCCAUGUCGUGAAGCAGUCAAAGGCCAACGCCAACCAUCAGACAGGAGUCUACCACCAUGUGACGGGAAUCGACGCUUCCUCCUCCGCCAGCCUGGCUGCAUAUGUUACCACUCUUACUUAUUCUCCGCUCGAUAAGCACAACAAGGUUAUUUCAGGGAUAUACUGCUGCUACAAUGCCUUCUCCCACUUAGACAUGCGAGUCGAGGUCAAAAUUCCCGGCACCCUCGAAAGCUAUUGCAUUGACGAGCGCGGAGAUAAACGUGUUCCGACAGAGCAGUUAUGGCUCGAGACUUUCGUCUGUGGGGUUUUGAGAGCCUAUGCGUAUGCAGAUGAUGGGAAUGGCGAUGCUAUCAAGAAGAUCGUCGCUGUUCGGAGAUUCAAUCCCGUAACCAAUACGGAAAUGGAACAUAAAUUCCUUGAUGCAGCGGAAAAGCUAUUCUUUAAUGGAAGACAACUUAGUUCCGAUCCAGAGACUCAGGUUCCCAACACAGUGAGCAACCACCUGGCGUCCGGUCUGCUAAAAUACAUCCAUACCACCGGGCGUUAUGCAUCGGGUAUUAACUUGUUCGAAAAACUUCGAACAAAAGACGUUGAGGUAUCGUCGUUACUUGCCCGAGUCCUGAUAUCGGCAAGCGAAGAGGUCCAAGCAGUAAGGCUACUGCAUGAUGCACUGCAAGAUGUUCCUAUGGACUACGCUCUUUUGGAUUGUCAAGCAGUCUUUUGCCAGAGCAAAGGCGAAUAUGAAAUGGCGCUCGAAUGUGCUAAACGGAGUGUCACAGCUGCUCCAAGCGAGUUUAGCUCCUGGAUACGAUUGGCGGAAGUAUACGUGCACUUGGAACAGUGGGAUUUGGCCUUAUUGACACUGAAUUCAUGUCCUAUGUUCACGUAUCAAGAUAAAGAUUCCCCAAGACUUCCACAACCGUCUCGGAUCAUCCUUCCCAUCCUCCCCGAAAGCAUGUUAGAUGAGCUUGACGAGGGGCAGCCGAAACCCGGAGAUCCCGUUGAUAUGGUCAACCCGAUUUUAAAAAAACUUCACGCCGCUACCUAUCAAGGCACAUUUUUGAAAGCAUACAGCCUACUCACGAAGAUUGCAGCAGCUAUCGGCUGGGACCAGCUUUUGAGGAUCCGAAGUGAAGUAUUUGUCAUGGAAGAAGAAUACAGAGUCGAGCGCCAGGCGAGUUCAGCGCGCCCCGUCACAAGCAACAACGCUAGUACGGUAGCGCUUCACGAGGCUUCUAGCGCAGCUUCAGACGUAAACGGAAACGGAGUCCACGACUCAGAUGACGUGGAAGAAAAUGGCGAUCGAAACAGCACCCAUGGUGAAACACCAAAGGAAAACGGCGACCUGGAUCAGCCUGAAAGCCAUUCCAUUGAAUCAAGAAUCGAAAAGCCCGAGCAAAGUAUGGCAUCAGAGGUUGUAAAGUCGGGCGGUGAAGAUCACGAGUCUCCGAACGCUUAUACGCAUUUUAACAACAAACGAUUAUGCGAGCGUUGGCUUGACAAUUUAUUUAUGGUUUUAUACGAGGAUUUGCGCGUCUACACCAUUUGGCGCAGUGAAACGGCGCAAUCUCGUGCACAGUCGAUAGAAUAUAAGAAAUCUGCAACCGAAUGGGAAAUCCUUGGAGAACUGGCAGAGCGACUGCAUCAUUUCAAUGAGGCUAUAGAGGCGUACCAGCAUUGUUUGCAAAUUCGCUUCUCACCCAAAGCGAUGAAGGGCAUUCUCAAAAUGUAUGAGCGGCAAAACGACACGAGGGGUAUGCUUAACGCACUGAUUAGGCUUAUUGCCUGGCAAUAUCGUUGGUAUUCGGAGUUCUCUCCCGAGCUCCUGUUUACGAUCCGCAGGUUGAUUGAGGAAGAAGGAGCGGUUAAAGUUCGCAGCAUAGUCCAGGCAACAAAUUUACCCCAACCUGUGUUAGACCUUACCCACCAUUAUUGCCAACUCUGCGCUACAUUUAGAAGCACUGGUAGCGAUGGCUAGGCUGAAAGAGAGGUUUGACUAUAAAGAUCAUGGCUUUCUUUGUGGAUACAUAGUAUUAGUUAAUAUUCCUUGCCGAAACUUCCAGCGCAUGGAGCAGAUAUGCCGAAGAAAUUUAAUAGUUCUUAACUCAUAA